AUGGGCAAGGAUAAACAGAAAAGUAUAGAUGUAUUCUUUAAGAAGAAAGUAGCCUCUGAUGGUGCUACCAGUGAUGCUCCUGCAAACAUAAUUUCUGAAAGUGAUGCACCUUCUCAUGAGCAACCUCCUUCCAAGUGUCAUAGAAUUGAGCAUGCUGAAGAAAUUAUUAUAGUCAAAAAUAAAAGUUUUGAACGUGAUCCAGGCAAGUGUAAGCCAAUUUGGGAAUAUUCUGCUAAUGAAGUCGAUGAGAUACGAAGAGCUUAUUUAAUAGCUGGGCCAUAUCAACCUCAAUGCUCCUAUCCAUUUUCAAAGGAAAAGCAUCCUCGACGUUUUCAAGCGUCUUGGUUCAAAGAAUUAUCUUCGUGGCUUGAGUACUCACCUUAUGUAGAUGCUGCAUUUUGUUUACCAUGCUAUCUUUUCUCUAAAAAGGUCGGCGGGCGACAUGGUUGGGAUGCAUUCACAAUCAAAGGUUUUAACAGUUGGCAUAGAGUUCAUAGUGGAAAGUAUUGUGCUUUUCUAAGUCACAUGGGAGAUGAUCCUUGUUCACAACAUACUAAUGCACUCAUCUCAUGUGUAGACUUAAUGAAUCAGUCUUGCCAUAUUGAUAAAGUUAUGCAUGCUCAAAGCUCCCAACAAAUUGAACAAAAUAGGCUGCGUGUUAAGACUUCAAUUGAUAUGCAGAAUAUCUGUGGCCAAGGAUAUGAUGGCGCUAGUAACAUGCGUGGUGAAUGGAAUGGAUUGCAAGCACUAUUUCUUAAAGAGUGUCCUUGUGCUUAUUAUGUGCAUUGUUUCGCUCAUCGAUUGCAAUUAGCCUUGGUUGCUGCCUCUAAGGAAGUUUCUUCUAUUUAUCAAUUCUUUCAGAAUUUGAAUUUCAUCAUCACUAUUAUCACUGCUUCUUCUAAGCGUCAUGAUCAAUUCCAAGCUGCCCAAAUUUCUGAAUUUGAACAUUUGCAGGCUAUUGGUGAGCUUGAAACUGGUACAGUCUUCAACGUGGGUAUAAUGAAUCAUGUUCAGUACUUGAAAAAAUUUGUACUGAAGGCUCAAAUUAUUCUCAAAGAGGAGAUGCUACUGCAGCUUAUAAGAUGA